UUUUAUCUUAUUCCAGCACUUCAGGCGCAGCCGAUCUCGCCGUCAUGGGUUUUACCAAAGAGACUGCCAGUAUUGGCAUCAUCGGUAUGGGUGAUAUGGGCAAGAUGUAUGCCCGAUUGCUCAGUGCCGCCGGCUGGAGGAUUAAUGCAUGUGACAAACCCGAUUUGUAUGAGGACUUGAAGACAGAAUUUGCAUCUCAACAAGGUGUUACACUAUACCCGAAUGGACACCUGGUUUCGAGAAUUAGCGAUUACAUCAUUUACAGUGUAGAAGCUGGUGUCAUUGACAAGGUAGUCGCUCAAUAUGGCCCAUCAACCAAGGUUGGCGCAAUAGUGGGAGGUCAAACGUCCUGCAAGGCGCCGGAGCUCUCCGCAUUCGACAAACAUCUCCCCCGGGAUGUAGAGAUUGUAUCCUGUCAUUCGCUCCAUGGCCCCAACGUCAAUCCCAAGGGCCAACCACUGGUCCUGAUCCAACACCGGGCCUCCGACGAGAGUCUCAAAUUUGUGGAGGAGGUCUUGUCUUGCUUCAACUCCGAGUUUGUUUAUCUAACGGGAGAGAUGCAUGAUCGGAUCACCGCCGACACGCAGGCGGUUACACACGCAGCUUUUUUGAGCAUGGGUACUGCUUGGCAAGCAAACAAACAAUUCCCUUGGGAGAUUUCGCGCUGGGUCGGAGGCAUCGAGAACGUCAAAAUCAACAUUACACUGCGCAUCUACUCCAACAAAUGGCACGUGUACGCUGGCCUGGCCAUUCUCAAUCCUGCGGCGAAGAAGCAGAUCCGCCAGUAUGCCGAAUCGGUAACCGAUCUAUACAAGCUCAUGAUUGAGGGCCGGCGGGAAGAGCUCAAACGCCGCGUGAAGGCUGCAGGAGAGGCCGUAUUCAAGGCAGGGACCGCGAGUCAAGAGUUGCUGUUGAGGGACGAGGUUCUCGACCGCUUCUCUUUGUCGAAUGGACCUCGCGAGAAGACGCCACCCAACAGUCACCUCAGUCUGCUUGCUAUCGUGGACUGCUGGUCCAAACUCGGGAUCGUCCCGUACGACCAUAUGAUUUGCUCCACUCCUCUUUUCCGUCUUUGGCUGGGAGUCACAGAGUAUCUGUUCCGCAACCCCGAGCUCCUUGAGGAGGCUAUUGACACCGCCAUCGAUGACAAGACAUUCCGUUCCGAUGAUCUAGAAUUCACUUUUGCCGCACGGGCGUGGUCCGAUUGUGUUUCGUUCGGCGAUUUCGAGUCCUACCGCGACCGCUUCGAACGUAUCCAGCAGUACUUCGCCCCGCGGUUCCCCGAAGCCGUCAAGCUGGGCAACGAAAUGAUGAAGACCAUCCUGGAAAAGACCGCCUCCGGGAAUUCCUAAUUAUAGAAACCCACUUUCCUCCGGGAAAUUGAUAUAACUGAAGUGAGAAACCAUGACAACUCUCAGCCUCAUUCCACAAAUGUCCAAAGGAGAACACAGAAAAAGGGAAAAAAACCGCCACAGGUAGUUGGCGGGUGUUGGGAAGUGCGAUUGCAGAUACCCGCGCGCGCCGGGUGCCAAGGGAGGCGUAAAUGAUGUUCCUCAAGUACGGAGUAGUCAGGUACAUACCCUGCUAGUAGCCUAGC